CUCUGAUUGGUUGGUUGCCCUAGGAGCCACGCCCCCCGUUCUCCUGCAGUCUUGACACGUGCAGUGGAGGCAGCGCUGUAAACAAGAAGGUAAAAACGCUGAGACAACCAGCAAGAUGGAAACCAAAGUAACAUCAGAGCCCAUACCCAAUGGUGUGACGAAAGGAGGGGCAAGGAUUGUCGUGGAUGACGAUGAAGAUGUUCUUAGUCCAACCGACCUGUCUGAGCUGUUAGCUGAGGGGACCAAGGACUCUCACGAGAAAGCAGAGAACUGCCAGUUUGUUAAGGAUUUCCUCAGAGGGCGCAUACAGAGAGAGCUGUUCAAGAGAGGCACAGCAGCUCUGUACUUUGUGUACUCGGCCAUGGAGGAGGAAAUUGAGAAGAACAAGGAUCAUCCUCUCAUCGCUCCGAUCUAUUUCCCUACAGAGCUGCACCGGCGUGAGGCCCUGGGCCGAGACCUCGAGUAUUUCUAUGGGGAGGACUGGGAGAGCCAGAUCAGCCUCACUGCAGGCACCAAGCCGUAUGUAGACCGUAUCUACGAGGUGGGAGAGAAGGACCCAGUGUUGUUGGUGGCCCACUCCUACACCCGCUACAUGGGUGACCUCUCAGGGGGACAGAUCCUCAAGAAAGUGGCUCAGAGGGCUCUGAAGCUCCCCUCAACCGGAGAGGGUCUCAACUUCUACCAGUUCGAGGGAAUCCACAGUCACAAGGGCUUCAAGCAGUUGUACCGAAGCAGGAUGAACGAGCUGGAGCUGGAUUCUGAGACCAAAGAGAGGCUUGUGGACGAGUCCAAUCGGGCCUUUGGCUUUAACAUGAUGGUCUUCACAGAGCUUGAAGAAAUUGGAAAAACCAUCAAAGAGGAAGUCCAGGACACAGGUUUUGGACACAGUCAUGCAGAGAUCAUGGAGGGAGGUGAUAUCAACAAAUGCCCUUACUAUGCGGCUAAAAUGGCUGCCAGUGGAAAUCCCACCUAUGCUUGCCAGUUAGCCAUGAUGCUUCUCAGACAUCCACCCUGUCAGGUGGUUCUUGCAGCCGGGAUGGCCGUCCUUGCUGGAUUUGCUGCCUGGUACUUCAUUUGAGCUCUGAUGUCCUCGAUCUGCUGAUAAUCACAUCUGAGCAAAGAGUCUGAGACACGGCUGCAUUCUGCACACUUUGUCCUUUUCAGUUUGAUGGAUACCAUCUGAUGCAAAUCAGAACUGAACAUUUUUUAAAUGUUUUCUGCCACGUGUGUUGACAUUAAGAAGUAUUGAUCUUAUUUCUCUGACUAUUUCCAUUCU